AUGUCUGGCUAUCGAGGCCGCACCGGCCCCAAUUUUUCACAGUAUCUCAACGAUCUCAACACAUUAAGUCCUCCUGAGCAGCAAUUCGUUGAAGAUGCCGAUUUAAGCAAUGAUCUUGCCAUGUAUACCAAUACUGAUUUCACCAAUCUUGACAUGCCAUUCGGAGAAGACUCUGCAUUCAAUUUCGAUUUGUCGCCCGAAGCACAAGGACACGAAGGUCUGAAAUAUGAAGAAUUGUUGUCCGCCUCUACAGCACCUACGGACUUCUCAGAGAUUGUGCCGAUAGACACCACAACCCCUACCCAAUCACAACCCUAUUACUCGACAUACAACACCCCGAUACAACCGGCUCCAUCUGGAGGAUUUCCGCCCAGCAAUCAGAUACAGCAAAGCCCGAUCCCGCGCGACACUAGAAGAGCAAGGACAGAUACUAUACCACCCGUCGACCAUAUGUCACCAGAUGACAAGUCUCGGAUGGCGGCAGAGGAGGACAAGCGACGCAGGAAUACCGCCGCUAGCGCACGCUUCCGAGUAAAAAAGAAGCAGCGGGAACAAGCUUUGGAACACUCGCAGGACAAAAGUCAAAAACUUGAAAUGAGAGUACAGCAACUGGAGCAGGAGAAUAAGUGGUUGAGGGACCUGAUCACAGACAAGAACGGCCUGCAGUCGAAGGAGGAGAUGGCAGCUGCUUACGAAAAGCACCGAAAAGAAAAUGAGGAGCGUGAUCUGAAACAAGAGCCAGGUCGUACCAGCGGUGUGGGUACCGACUAG